AUAAAUCCUGAGAUUCCUGAUCUGCGUUUUCUCAUUCGUUUUGCUGUGCGUUUUUACGGACACAGAGUGCGAGAGCGAGAAGAAGAAGAAGAAGAAGAACGAGAGAGGAAGGAGACAGUUCAAGCCAGAGAAGAACAGGUGAAAAUCUUCGCUUUUGCAUUUCUCGCCCGUUUCAUAGCUACAUCAGGCUUGAUUCGUCUGGAUCUGGAUCGAACGGGCUCAUUUCGACCCGGAAAAGUGAAGUCAGAUCUCGUGUUGGAUGCUUCUGUUGCAGUAGCUUAGACUGAGGUUUGUCGCUGGGAUCUGGGAUCUGGAAUUUGGGAUGGAAGUUCCAUUGGUCACAAGGAGGAGAACGAUGGGGUUGUGUCACCUUUUCCUUUCUAUGGUUCUGUUUGCUCAGCUUUGUAAUGGGUUCUACCUACCGGGAAGCUACAUGCACAGUUAUUCGAAGGGUGAACACAUAUUUGCUAAAGUCAAUUCCUUGACCUCCAUUGAGACUGAGCUUCCUUUUAGCUACUACAGCCUUCCUUACUGCCAACCUCCUGGGGGGAUAAAAAAGAGUGCUGAAAAUCUCGGGGAGCUCCUGAUGGGCGAUCAGAUUGAUAAUUCUCCAUACCGGUUCCAAAUGAAUGUGAAUGAAUCUGUUUACCUCUGCACCACAAGUCCAUUGAACGAAAAUGAGGUAAAGUUGCUAAAACAAAGAACUCGUGAGUUGUACCAGGUCAAUAUGAUUCUGGACAAUUUGCCAGCAUUGAGAUAUGCGAAACAGAAUGGGAUCAAUAUCCAGUGGACAGGGUUCCCUGUUGGCUAUACACCCCCAAAUAGCAACGAUGAUUACAUUAUCAACCACCUAAAGUUCAAGGUAUUGGUUCAUGAGUAUGAGGGUAGCGGGGUGGAGGUAAUUGGUACCGGAGAAGAGGGCAUGGGUGUGAUUACUGAAUCUGAUAAAAAGAAGGCAUCUGGGUAUGAGAUAGUUGGUUUUGAAGUUGUGCCAUGCAGUGUUAAGUAUGAUCCUGAAAAGAUGAAAAAGCUCCAUAUUUAUGAUCAUGUUCUACCCGUGGACUGCCCUUUGGAUCUUGACAAAUCUCAAAUGAUAAGAGAGCAGGAGAUGAUCUCCUUCACAUACGAGGUUGAAUUUGUGAAAAGUGACACCAGAUGGCCUUCGAGAUGGGAUGCAUAUUUGAAGAUGGAAGGUGCUCGAGUUCACUGGUUUUCAAUCCUCAACUCUCUGAUGGUGAUAACUUUCCUAGCCGGUAUAGUCUUUGUCAUAUUCCUCAGGACGGUGAGAAGGGAUUUGACAAGGUAUGAGGAAUUGGACAAAGAAUCACAAGCGCAGAUGAAUGAGGAGCUCUCGGGUUGGAAGCUCGUCGUUGGUGAUGUCUUCAGGGAACCGGAAUGCUCGAAGCUUCUAUGUGUGAUGGUGGGGAAUGGGGUUCAGAUCACGGGAAUGGGAGUCGUCACGAUAGUCUUUGCGGCCCUCGGUUUCAUGUCACCGGCUUCACGAGGAAUGCUACUUACCGGUAUGAUAAUACUCUAUCUCUUUCUGGGUAUAGCUGCUGGUUAUAUCGGUGUACGCAUGUGGAGGACCAUCAAGGGAACUUCUGAAGGCUGGAGAUCUCUCUCAUGGUCUAUCUCUUGCUUCUUCCCGGGAAUCGCUUUCGUUAUCCUCACAGUGCUGAACUUCCUUCUCUGGAGCAAUAAGAGCACUGGAGCCAUCCCGAUCUCAUUAUACUUCAAACUCUUUGCCCUCUGGUUCUGCAUUUCAGUACCCCUCACUCUCUUCGGGGGCUUAUUCGGGACACGAGCCGAGCCAAUCCAGUACCCAGUCAGGACCAACCAAAUCCCGAGGGAGAUUCCGGCUGGUAAAUAUCCAUCAUGGGUUCUUGUCCUCGGGGCAGGAACACUCCCGUUCGGAACCCUUUUCAUAGAGCUCUUCUUCAUCCUCUCCAGCAUCUGGUUAGGAAGAUUCUAUUACGUUUUCGGGUUCUUGCUCAUCGUUCUUCUCCUCCUGGUUAUCGUCUGUGCUGAAGUAUCGGUCGUGCUAACUUACAUGAACCUCUGUGUCGAAGACUGGAAAUGGUGGUGGAAAGCCUUCUUCGCCUCGGGCUCGGUCUCUGUAUACGUCUUCGCCUACUCCAUCAACUACUUAGUGUUCGACCUCCAGAGCCUGAGCGGACCCGUUUCGGCCAUGCUGUAUCUCGGAUACUCGCUUCUAAUGUCAGUAGCAAUCAUGCUCUCGACCGGUACGAUCGGUUUCCUAACGUCGUUCUACUUCGUUCAUUACCUCUUCUCGUCGGUGAAGAUCGAUUGAAACAGCCGAGGAAAAUGCUUCAGGUAAUGGUUGGUUUGGUGACGUCCUUUUUUAUGGUUUGGUGUCUUGAGAGUGGAAGAGUUUUGUCACUUAAGUUCGGGAUCUAUUAUCCGUCUCUCUGUUUGUUUGUUUGUUUGUUUACAGGAAAUACAAAUCAUAAUCUUUUUUUUAUGGUAAUGAAUGAAAUUCCUUGUUUUGUUUG